AUGAGCUGCUUCAGAUUGAAACUUAAUUACGACUUGCAUUUUCCCCUCUCUAGUAUAUGUUCUAAGUUUGAUAUUCCGGUUUCUGAAAAUGUGUCAUGUGAUGUCCCCACAAAGGCCAGAUCUCAAGUUACUAUGGGCUGCCAGCAGCAUGUGACGCAUUGUAGAUUGUUGCAAAAUGGCCUGGAAAAGGCUCAGCAGGGAAUUGCUGGUGGUUUUUUAUCCUCUACCGCAACUUCGGUAUCAGGACUUGGAAGUGGAAAACUAAAAGGAGUUAACGGAGAUGAAGGAGAGGAAGUUAAAAAACAAGGAGGGAGGGAGGAUGUUGCAGCUAAUGUCGAAGAGGGAUCACCAAAGCAAGAUGAGCGAAAAUUCUUACGGAAGAUACUGCAGAAAUAUAUUGGUUCAGAUAUUAGCUCAUUGGUGAAAUUUCCAAUUUCCUUUUUCGAACCAAUGAGUACACUUCAGAAAUUCGCAGAGAUAAUGGAAUAUUUUAACUUGCUGGACCUUGCAAAUGAAUGCGAGGAUCCGCACAUGCGUCUGGUUCAUGCUUCAACAUGGGCGAUAACAAUCUAUUAUGCUGCACAACGUACCUGGUUGCCAUUCAAUCCCAUUCUUGGCGAGACUUACGAAAUGGUCAAACACAAUGGUAUUACAUUCCUAGCCGAGCAGGUAUCUCAUCAUCCCCCAGUUGGCGUUGCUCAUGCUGAAAAUGAACAUUUCACUUAUGGUUUUGCAUGCAAGUUAAAGACCAAAUUAUUGGGGAACUCAGUUGAUUAUUAUCCUCUUGGAAGAACUCGCAUUACGCAUAAAAGAGAUGGUGCCCUCUUAGAUUUGGCACCCCCUCGCACGAGAGUCAACAACCUUAUAUUUGGCCGGACUUGGAUUGGUACAUCUGGAGACAUGAUCAUGACAAAUAUGACUACUGGGGAUAGAGUUGUGCUAAAUUUCAAACCAUGUGGCUGGUUUGGUGCUCGUCGUUACGAGGUGAAUGGAUAUGUUUACAAUGCUGCGAAAGAACCAAAAAUGCUGAUGACUGGAAAAUGGAACAAGUCGAUGAGUUAUCAACCUUGUGAUACGAAAGGGGAACCCCUUUCGGGGAUCACAUUAAAAGAGGUCUGGAAAGUUGCCGAUGUACAACAAAAUGACAAGUUUCAGUAUACAUAUUUCGCGCAUAAGAUAAACAGCUUUGACACUGCACCUAAGAAGUUGCUGGCAUCAGAUUCUCGUUUACGUCCUGACAGAUACGCACUUGAGACGGGUGAUCUAUCCAAAGUCGGCCGUGAGAAAAACAGCUUGGAGGUGAGGCAAAGAAGUGAAAAGAAAAAGAGAGAAGCCAAUGGCGAGAGGUAUGCUCCAAAAUGGUUCGACUUGACCGAUGAAGUAACAAUUACACCAUGGGGUGAAAUGGAAACUUAUGAAUACAAUGGUAAGUACAGCAAACAUCGAGCAAUGGUUAAUAACUCUGGCGUCAGUUCUGAUGAGACUGGCGUUCUACCAACCAAGUUCAACCCUUGGCAGUAUGUAAUGAAAGAUUAG